AUGACUGUUAGUUCUGAUUUCCUUUCUAUGUUUGCUCUAGUUGAUUUUGUUAAAAGUUUAUCUUGGAUUGAUAUGUAUUUAAACACGCCAAAUAUUUGUAAUAAUAAUUUUCCGUUCUUUUAUAUGCCAUACCUCACAGAUUUUAUUUGCAUUGCUUAUAUGCAAGGUUGCUCAUUCCUUGCAUUACCAAAUAGCAUAGCUAAUACUGGUAUAAAGCCAUUUAUUGGUGUCUAUUUCAUAGCGUUAGUUGUAGAGAUUCCGUUAACCUUCUUGGUCUUGGUAAUCAUACAAAAAGCUGCAGUAUUAAGAAAAAGUGGUCGAUUAUAUGCCAAGCUGAAGCAACUUAAUGCCGAUAAUAGCGAGGAUGAUGAUAUUGAUAGUGAUGCUAAAGGCAGCGAGAACGAGAAGAAAUUCAACGAUACGGAAAUUAAUUUUCAUCUACUUUCUGAGUCUUUUCUACCAUGGUUUCUACAAAUUGCUUUCGAUGCCCUAUGCUUCGGCUUGCUAUUUAAUGCAGAAAUUGCUAAUGCCUUGUCGGGUAGUCAAGUUUUUGGUCAUCUUCUUAGAAUAAAAUUUAAGAAUAUUUUAGCACUCUUUGUUUGGAUUGAAGUAUUUCUACUGAUUUUUGCUCGAAGACUUUUAAAUCUUGUAAUUCCGAUAGCAUCUUUAGUUAGAUGUAUUAUAUUACUAAUAAUGCUAUUGAAAGGCUUCCAUAUUUUAAUUUAA